GUGAAGGCCCCCACCUCACCUGUGGCUUCCCCCCCCCCACUGCGUUGGAGCCCCUUUCGAAGCUUUCUCGUUCUCCGGCGUGGAUUUUCGGAUUCAGCGUAGCGAAUAGGCCCAGGUAAGAUUUACAACCAUGGUCAAGAGAGUAUGCAUUAUGUGUGGAAACAGAGUUGAUGAAAAGCGUUUGAUGCGUUCGUCCAAGAGUAAGAUUCAUAACGCCAUCUUUCUCUCGACUCUGCAGAAAUACGCAUCGAUGGAACAAGAUUUGAUGGAAAUCUGCUUUGUAGUUUUUCAAACAAAGACAAAGUAUGUCUGCAUCAGUCACAUUGUGGAUGCUGUGCAACACCUGUUGGCAGAAGUAGUCGCGAAUGGUGGAAGAGUGUCUAAAACAGCAGAAAAUACUUCGUAUCUGAAUGAAGCAGAAAUAUCCGCACGCAUUCCUAAUUGUUUGAAUGAAGCAAUAAAAACAUUUUCGGAUGACAUCAAAGUCAGCGUCGGGGACGUGAACCGUUACGUCAACACUUACUUGACGAAGUACUCCAGUCAUUUCACCCUCAACUUUCAUGAGACAGACUAUGUCCGAGAAGAUGAGCAGCCUGAGCAUGCAGAGAUUCUAAUGGAGGAGACGAAGCCCGUUUCUGAGGAUAAUAAUCAUUCAAUGGACACUGCUUCUCAGUCUUUUAUCAAGCUGGAAGAGUUAGAAUCUCCCGUAGAAACAUCGAAUAACUUCUUCAGUCCUUCUGAGACGCAAGCAUCGACAUCUGACGAUACGUGGCAACGGGCAAAGACAGAUCCAGCAUUACUGGACAAAUAUUACCUUGUUUCGGGAAGAAAGCUUCUUGAGCUUUCUGGACUGCGUUGCGGUAAUCAUGAGAACAACACAAGCGGAGAAGAUGUUUGGCUUGAAGAGUCUGGGUCUACGCCAAUUAUUUACUGUACAACCAGUGGACCAAAGUCAGAGACAAAGUGUUGGGAGGGAGAGGAUAGACUAGGCCCGGGCACACAAGAGCGUGAUGAAGACGAAUUGUCAGGCGCGUUAGAAACGUCCUGUUAUUUCGUCGUGAAUGAAGAACAACAACGUGAGUUUCGAUAUGCUUAGGAGGAAAGCUAAAAGUGGUGAAUUUCUUAAUGCGAAAAUCAUUCGAGACCUGACGGACGAGUGCUGUUGAUUCAGAAGGUUGCUGGUCGCCUGCCUUUGAAGUGUUCUUCAAUAUGAUACUCAACAUAUACAUUUUGCACAUUCCAUCUCAGCC